UGCAGGAAAAUCUUUCACAAGGAUACGCAGUCCAGUUUUAGGGACUUUUUCGAAGAUCUGAAGCCUCUGUGCUAGAGAGAGAGAAAUCGAAUAAUUUUUAAGCGAGUGAUGAUCGAAUCCGACUCAUAUUAGUUUUUUUUAUUCUUCGCCUAAUUUAUUCGCCAUUAAAAGUUGGCGUGAUUUCUGAAUUUUGAUCAUAAUCACACGCAUGUGCAUUCAGUGGAGCUGCUAAUUUAAAAUCGAAAUCAAAAUCAAAAUCAAAAUCGUAAUUCCAAACCACAAAUUCAGCACAGUGUCGGUAAAAAAUUCUCGAGAAAUCGAUGCCGGGAAAUCGGAAAUUUUCGAGGAAUGGCUCAACCUCCGACAGAGUUGAAGAGGCAAUGAGACGGCUUAAGGUAGAAGAGAGUGGUGAAAAUGGGGGAGCUGGUGAUGAGCUAGGAUCCUACCCGGAUCGUCCGGGUGAACCCGAUUGCAUAUACUAUUUGCGGACGGGGUCUUGUGGCUAUGGGAGCGAUUGCCGUUUUAAUCAUCCCUCUAAUGCAGGACAAGUUUAUGGUGUUAAAACGAGCAAUGAACUUCCCGAAAGGGUUGGACAGCCAGAUUGUGGGCACUAUAUAAAGACAGGCACCUGUAAGUAUGGGUCAACCUGUAGAUAUCAUCAUCCGAAGGAUCGACAAGCUGAUUUCGUGUUGAAUAUGUUGGGCUUACCAAUGCGUCAGGACGCAAGGCCCUGUCCUUUUUAUAUGCGUACAGGAUUAUGUAAAUAUGGAUAUGCUUGCAAGUUCCAUCAUCCCCAGCCUACAUUAGCUGCUGCAAAUGUCUUACCUGUAGCAGGACCCGUCUAUGGUUCAGGCGGCUCUGCAAGUGUUUCUUCACUUGGUGCAUCAUCUGAAAGUGUUUCAGCUGCAUCCUUAUCAAAGGCAACUUAUUUUGCUAGCUCUCUCCAAGUUCCACAUAGCUACAUGCCCUUAUUUAUACCUCAGUCGCAAGGAUGGAACACGUACAUGGGAAACGCCAAUCCGUUGUCUGUCACUAGUGUCCUAACUGGACCAGUACCGAGCGGGCAUCUAUCUGUCUCGUAUCUCCCGGAAAGACCAGAUCAACCGGAAUGCCGAUAUUUCAUGGAACACGGUAAUUGUAAAUACGGAUCAGAGUGCAAAUAUCACCAUCCCAGAGAAAAGCUCACGCAAUUAGUUUCAACUUCUCUCGGUCCACUCGGUCUUCCUCUAAGACCUGGCCAGCCCGUGUGUUCAUAUUAUAGCAUGUAUGGACUUUGCAAAUAUGGCCCUACCUGCCGAUUUGACCACCCCAUGGACGGGCACAACUACGCGUACAGCCUCAGUGUCCCUCCUCCGGCCUUCACUUACUUGUCUCCGGCCCCAUAUCAGAGUAUAUCGCUGCCCAUAGCCGACAUCUCCCCAACCAAAUCAUCCAAGUUGAGUGACUGGAUCAAAAAGGAAGCAACUGCUAACAACAAGCAUCAUCAGAACUCAGACACCAAGAGCCCUGGGGAGUCACUCGACCAGUCUGAUUCGCUCCCACACUCGUCGAAGGCCUCAUCCGAGGUUCAUCACGGCGAGUCUGACUGACGCUCUGUCGCCAGUAACCCCGCCAUCACCCUCUCAGUGAUGGUCUAUUUUUGGCUGAUGUUUUUUCUUAAACUCUCACAUACUGUUACUAUGAAAUUUUAUUUUGAAGACUCAGAUGGUUCUAUUUUUAUUGUCAGUUUUCUUUGUUUUUUUUUCUUAAUCUUUUUUGGGAGGAUCGUAUUUCUUAAACUCUCAUCCAGAGUAUUACUAUGAAUUUUUUUUUGAA